UUGUUCAAUUUAAUCUUAUUUGUAACGUGAUUAAUUCAAUUUAAUCUAAUUCAAUUUAAUCUCACCUGAUCUAAUUUCAAGUGAACGAGAUCUUAUUAAACUAGGUUUGUUCACAAUAUAAAUUUGCUGGUUUCAACGCUGUAUUCUCAGGAAGAAAAAACGAAAACAAAUCUAGAAUGCGAAAGCGAAUAAACUUGGAGCAGGAAAUUCCUGAAGAAAUAAUCGAAGAAAUCUUGUUCCAUCUCCCAGUGAAAUCCCUGUUGAGAUUCAAGUGCGUUUCAAAACGAUGGCGUUCGUUCAUCUCCAGUGAAUAUUUCAUCAAGAGACACCUCAGCAAAUCGCGCGCCGACGAAAAAGAUAACGGUAGUAAGUUCAUCUUCAGCUUCGAAGGUAAACAAAACAAUUCAUCGACCCGUUUCUUGAGUGUCGGGUCGUCGUUCUCUCUUGACGACGAUGAACCCAUCGUCACGACUAGUUUGGAUAUUCAAAUUCGACCCGAGACCGAAAUUCAGGUCGUGGAAUCAUGCAACGGGCUAGUACUCGUCGAAAAUAUUUAUACGGGACAUUUAAUUUGCUGGAACCCUUCAACUAGAAAAACCAAACACAUUGAAAAACCCUUCGGUUUCGGUAGUGGCAAAGUAGGAGGAUACGGGUUCGGGUACAACGAGUCGACGGACGAGUACAAAGUUGUCUGCUUUAGGACGGACGAGUACAAAGUUGUCUGCUUUAGAUACAUGGAAUCUUUUGAGCCACGGACGCAUGCGCAUAUGUAUAGUUCCAAGACUGAUUCUUGGAAAGGAAUCGAGGAUUUGGAUAAGCAUGUCUCGGGAGGUGCCGGUAAGUUUGUCAACGGAAGGCUGCAUUGGUUGGUUUUCGGAUACGCCGGCUGGGAAAUUGUUGCUCUUGAUUUGGUGGAGGAGAAAUACGAAACUGUGGAUUGGCCGGUGAGCUUUCCGGAGAUCGAUUUGUUCCCACCGUACUUGGAGAAUACGGGAGGCUGUCUUACUUUGAUGGAUUUCAACAGAUACACGGAUGCGAUGAGUGUAUGGGUUAUGACAGAGUAUGGUGCGCGAGAAUCUUGGACUAAGAUUUGGACAUUUCCGAAUUCUUUCGAUCCUCCGAUAGAGCACGAAUGUGGUAGUCCAACGCCGCCGUUGUGUUUGAAGAGGAAUGGAGAUGUUGUGGUGGCUUUUCGAUCGGAGAUUGUUGCUUACAAUGGUGAAAAUUUGUUGCGGUGGUCUCAAGUUGAUAAGUUUGAUCGUUUGAUUGGCUCUAUUUCUUAUGUUGAAAGCUUAGUUUCACCUUUUGGUAGUGACGAUGACGAAACGGCCAGUUGGAUGAUGACGAUAUGAAUGAAGUUGCUAAUGAUUAUGUUGGAUUUCAAUAAAACUAUGUGUUUUGAGUUUUUCCGUGUAUUUAUCUUCUUUUUUUUUUAUUUUCAAAUCCUCUAGUUUAGAUUUCAAUAAAACAAUAUGUGUUUUGAAUUUUUCCAUGUAUUUUAUCUUCUUUCUUUUACUUUCAAAAGUUAGUCAUCGUGCGUACAUUUAAAUCUCUAUAAAUUAAUGCAAUCUGGAUUGACAAAAUUUUGUUAAUUUGUUAAUAAGUGACCCAGUAUGGGACUAUAGGUAAUUCCUACUGUCACAUGAGAUGAAUGUGAUGUUGGUAAACGUCGGACUAAAAUUGCAAUCUCAAUUGUAUGAGGACAAAAAUCAAAUAAGUGGAAUAGUAUAAGGGCCAAAGUGGUAACUAUCCCGACAUCACGUGCGACUGACGUAACAAUUCCAUCCAUUUUAACCGAGAAAAUUGACAAGAAGACGUAAUG